AUGUCUUUGACUAGCCCCAUAAAGAAAUUUCUGGACUCGGUUCCUGACCUCGCACUGAAACAGCAGCAGCUGUCUCAGUCAUCGGAUUUCGCUGCGGCUCGAGAAUCUAUUCGAGAUACGAUUCACCCUGUGGUAAAAUCACUCCUGGCCCAACAAGAACCAGGCGACGACGACAGUUGGAUCUCAGAGCUGACCGGUUUCAAUGAUGCUGGAGACGAUGUCCAGUUUGUCACGAACUUUCUCGCUGACUACGUCACUGAGAAGCCCUGGAUCAUUUCAGAGGCCCUACUUCGCUGUGGCGCUAAUCUGGAAAGGGCUGCACAUGAUAAGAACACCAAGCUGCAGAAUAGAAGCUUCUGUGGAUUGCAUGAUCAUUCAGGAUGUGAGAAUCUGCUCCAGCUGCUCAGAUGCCAUGAUGGUCAGGGUACUUUCCCCAAGACUCUCGGUCCGAGUCGAACACACAGCUUCAUGCUGCCAGAUAUCUGGUCGGAACGCAACGAGUUGGACGACUUAAAUGAUGGAUUGAGUAGAAAUCUUUCGUUUUACAUCGACUCGUUGCUUGGGCUUGCUGGAUUUAUUCCUCCGCCUCAACUCAAUACUGGCUUUCGAAGAUUGACCGAGACAUCUGUCCCGAAGUUCGAUGAGAACUACCACCUGCAAGAGUUCCGUACGCACGUAUCUAUCGAAAACAAAACCGCCUCGUUGCUUGAUGCCCAGGUUUCGUUUCUCUGUUCCAAAGAGCCUGAAUUGAAGGCUAUUGGUCAGCGCAAUGGCUGGAUUGGAACAUCUCUCUUACCUGGAAUCUAA